UUUUAUAAUUCCAAUAAUUCCAAUCACAGGCUACUCUCUACCUACUUAUACAUACAUCCAUAGUACCAAUACAGUACAAUACAAUACAAGCUUCCAACCAAGAGGAUUUCUGGAAUGCCAACCAUCCAUUCGAACCAGGAGUCAUAACAACCGCUAUAAUGCUAUUCUUCAGUUUUUUCAAAACGCUCAUCGAUCAUGAGGUGACGGUCGAGCUCAAGAACGACAUCCAGAUUCGUGGCACACUCAAGAGCGUCGAUCAAUACCUCAACAUCAAGCUUGACGACAUCAAUGUGGUUGAGGAGAUUAAGUAUCCCCAUCUAAGUUCCGUCAAGAAUGUCUUCAUCCGAGGCUCGGUCGUCAGAUACGUCCACCUCCCUGCCAACGCCGUAGACGUACCAUUACUGGAAGAUGCCACGCGAAGAGAAGCCGCACAGCCAGCCGGAAAGGGCAAGUGAGGUAACCAAUAUCCACCAAACGCCAUCACCAAUACCAAAAUAGCCAGUACAAGUACUGUAGAUGAGGAUGAAAAUAUCUGAGUACCUAGAUACCUAGGCAGGCAGUGGAGAAAAGGGAAGGGUACCUACAUGUAGAUCGAGAUCAUCUGGGAACCAAACAAGCAAGCAGAAGAAGCGGCGACGGCGGCGGCGUCAUUGGUAGAGAACAGAAACGGAAACAAAAUACCUAGGGAACGAAUUAUCAACUAUUAACUUGCUAUCCAUAUUUUAUCUGCCUACCUACGUACCUACAGUACUUACCUACCUAGGUAGACAAUCUACGUAACCCUACCCUU